AUGCUUUUGGGAUGCGGUACAGAUUUUAAACGUUACUUUGUAGUAGUGGAUUCCGAUAGGGGUUUUGUUUUUGAGUUGGUUUCGAAUGCUGAGCAGGAAUCACAGGUUUCUCCUCAAUUGUUAAUCAAUCUGAUUAACACGUAUCUAACGAAAGUGAAGAAACAGCUGUACAACAAGGGCGUGGGUCUACAUUUGAAUUCUCAAGGCCUUCCGAUUGAUUUUUCUGCGCGACCUGUUGACCCUAUAUUUCGGAAUGCGCGUGAACAGCUGGACAGCAUACGGGAAUACCGCGACACGGGGAGUCCUAUAUCAAACCACAUGGCGGUUGAUUUGAACCGCCGUUUGUCACCCUCACUUAAAGAAGCAGAAAUUGUUGAGAGCGCUGCUGAAAGACUGCAACAAAGUGCUAUUCGGGAACGAGAAGCUUCACGAGAAAGCGUUGACGCUGACAAAAAAGACAAUGGAAUUACAGACAAGACAAGCCAAUCGGUGAAUGUUGAUUUACAUCAUUGCUCAGAAGUUGUGAAGGAAAAAGAUGGGGGAGAAGCUUGUCACUUAUUUAAUUCGGAGUAUUGUUGUGAAGAAUCCGCUGCGUACUUUCGCCGAGCUGAGUGUAACAAAGGCAACCAAGCAGCGUUCAGCACUUUAACUUUGAAACGAGUCCUUCCUCCUUUCACUUUUUUGCAACCUGAUGCCGUCAAAGUCCGCCCGCUUAUCCCCCAUAAUAUACAACUGAUGAUUACAGCUAGUGGUUAG